GAGGACGUCCUCGCACAGGUCGGUGUUUCCAUGCCGCUGUGGUGCGGCGCCGGAGCCCGUAGAACAAAUGGGCUUCCGCAGCACCCGCCGCAUCACCCCGUCCUGCCACCGUCAAGGGCCCAGGGGGCAGAGGAGCUCGGUGGGGGCCGAAACACGCUGGGGAGGGUUCAGGGAUGUCGGGUCCCUCCUGCAGUCUCUGCCCUGGCUCCGGGAAUCGGGAGUCCUUCCCUGCUCCAUGGGGGCUGAAAUCCUCUUUUCUGCAGCUCUGGGAGAAGACGCUGAGGAAUAAUCCCCGGCUGGGAGUUCCCCGGGUGUUUUUCAGAUCCCAGGCUCUGCUCUGUGCCGUGAUGUCCCACCGCAGACCGGGAUGAGGCAGCCUGAGCCUGGCUGCUGACCCCAGUGUGGGGGCUGAGCUCUGUCCUUGGCUUCCCGGCUGCAGUGAGGACCAGGAGGCCCCGCGUGGGGAAGCGCUGCCGAGAGCUUUGUGUCCAUCCCGUCCUGCUCAGGUGCUUCCCGCUUGGCUCUGGGAUGGAGGAGCGGAGGAAGAAGCGGAGCCCCAGAGGUCAGCUGGCACCUGCCAGGGCAUCACGGCUUCUGCCCACCAGCAGGAGCGCAUCCUUCGCCCUGCCGCUGCCCGCCCUGCCCUCACAGCGUGCCAGGCCCCGGCGGGCGAGCAAGGAGAGGGUGAGGGCAGGGGCAGCGCGGGGGGCCCCGCUGCAGCACAGCUUCCUCACCGAGGUCUCUGAUGUCUGCGAGAUGGAGGGCGGGCUGCUCGGCCUGCUCAGCGACUUCCACUCAGGCAAACUGCAGGCCUUUGGGAAGGAAUGCUCCUUCGAGCAGCUGGAGCACGUGCGUGAGAUGCAGGAGAAGCUGGCGCGGCUGCACUUCGGCCUGGAUGUGUGUGUGGAGGAGCUCCCGGAGGAGCAGAAGAAGCUGGUGGCUGACAGGAACCUGGACCAGCUGCUGGCACACGGCCGUGGGGUGGCGGUGGUGCUGGUGGUGGUGGUGGUGGUGGUGCAGGGCACGUGCCGUCCCGCCGUGCUUUCCCUUGACAGCAACGCAGUCAGAAGCUGCACCUGGCCGAGAGCCCCAGCCCUGAGGAGGCCGCGGCCUGACAACCGCCGGCUGCGGGGAGGCGGCCCCGCGGGAUGGGGAGGACGGGACGGCGGAGCCCCCCUGGCCCACCCUGCGGGGCCGACGGCGGUGACGCGCGGGUCACCGAGCUCCCCACACCCCCCUCAGCCGCCAUUUUGGUCGGCCGCGCGCAGCGGUGCUGUGACGUCAUCGGACGGCGCGGUGACGUCAUCGGACGGCGCCCUCGUUGCUCCGGAGGCGAUGGCGGCGGCUCCGGGUCCCCGGGAGCAGAGCGCGGAGAGGCGGCGGCUGCUGCGCGCGGUGACCCGGCUGCAGGCCGGGGUCCGGGGCUUCCUGCUGCGGCGGCGGCUGCGGGGCGUGCGGGCGGAGUACGAGGAGGUGGUGAGGGAGAUCGAGGGGGAGCUGAGCGAGCUGCGCUGGACGGGCCUCUGUCUGCCCAGACCCGUCUUCGUCUCCGAGCUCAGCUCCGCUCGGAGCUCCAACUGCACGAGAAACUGCGCGCUUCGUGUGCCGAGCUCCCGUCGGUCUGCCCCCCUCCCGCGGUGGCUGAGCGCUGCUCGUAGCGCGGCUUCCCGUCCUGAGAGAAAGGCCUGGGGCAAAGUUUGCGGUGGUUCAAAUCUCAACGUCAGAUGUUGUGGCCGAGCUGCUGGUAAUGCAGAUCUCUGGCCAGUGAAAGAGAAGUGCUCACCUCUGCGAGAAGCUGUAUGGAGUGACAAGGACAGCACAGAGAAAACACAGCAGGAACUGGAUGUUCCCAAACCAGAAUGGGAUUGGGGCUCCAGCAAUAGCGUGAAACGUACAGCCCGGCUGCAAAGUGAGAAAGAACUGAGUUCUGUGGGUGAAUGCAGGGUAGCAAGCCCUGCAAAUCUAGGGGCAGUCACAAGUAAAAGCACUGAAAAAAGUUGCAGUGCCCCAUCGGAGAGCAAGGAGUGGCAGAACAGCAGCAGCAUUUCAUCUGUAUGGGACAGCACUGACCUGGAACCAGGCUCCCUCAAAGCCUGCCUGGAAAUUCCACUUGUGGAUGUAAAGGAGCUUCCUCGAACUCGGCCUGGCCUCCAGUCCUUCAGGAAUCACUUGAUCAUGGAGCUGCUGUGGUUGCAACAAGCAAUUAACAGCCGUAAAAAUUACCUGAAGCUGAAACAGAGGCUGGAGUCUCCUGACAGCUAGGAAGGCAUUCCUGAGCAUAUGGGAUGUUUUGUGCUGCUGUGGGGGAGCAGAGGAGCUGCAGCACCAAAGUCACAACAUGAUUUCACAGCAGCACCCUGGGGGAACUCCAACUCUGUGAGCUGAUGUUCUCCUAACCAGAUUCAUGUGGCAAAAGACUUUUGUUUCUUUUAAAUGGGAAUAUUUGGUCAAAGCAGGAAUGAAGUGACACUGUGACACUAAGGAGGUUCUGUGUCUUGGAGGAAGUCCUCCCUCCCUGAGAACCUGUCCUAAGGGUAAAUUGAGACUGGGAAAGUUGUCACAGAAGUUCCACUUUGACCAGCUCCUUGCUUGUGGUGGAAUUAAAAUGCCUGAAUGCC